AUGAAGAAACGGAAGGCAACUGAGGAACUCCCUCGGCAGCUAGACUCCCAGGAUACAGCUCCUGUGGAGCUGGGGGAGGGGGAGGAUCCGAACAGGCCCGUCCGGAUAUACACCGAUGGCGUGUAUGAUCUUCUGCAUCUUGGUCACAUGAGGCAGCUGGAGCAAGCCAAGAAGAUGUUCAAGCAUGUCCACUUAAUGGCUGGCGUCGCGUCUGAUGAAGAAACGCACCGUUUGAAGGGCCAAACUGUUCAGAGUUUAGAGGAACGAGCAGAAACACUUCGCCACAUUAAGUGGGUUGAUGAGGUUAUUGCUCCAUGCCCCUGGAUCAUCACUCCGGAAUUCGUGGAGAAAUAUCGAAUUGAUUAUGUUGCACAUGAUGCGGAACCCUAUUCUGCAGUACAGAAAAGCAAGGACAAAAAGAAGGACGAUCGGAAAAGGAAAAAAACUAGCAGUCCUGCGGAAGCAGACAGUGGCGACAUUUAUGGAUGGCUGAAAAGCAGCAACAAGUUUCGCGCCACGGUGCGCACCCAGGGAGUCUCUACGACGGAUAUUAUCGUCCGAAUCCUACAGAAUUACGAAGACUAUGUCGACAGGUCUCUUUCGCGGGGAAUCAAGCCCAAAGAUAUGAACAUUGGCUACACGAAGGCGAAUGCAAUAAAAAUGAAGAAGAACAUGCAGCGAUGGGGCGAAAAGGUUUCCGACGAGCUCACAAAGGUCACUCUAACGGACCGGCCACUGGGUGUGCACUUCGACGAAAGUGUUGAGAAGCUCCGCAACAGCAUCCAUCAGACGUACGACAACUGGAGGGGCCGCUCUCACAGAUUGCUUCGGGGCUUUGCGAGGAAAUUCGAACCAAUGAAAUCACUCAUCGGGAUCCAUAUCAAUCAUCACCAGUCGAGUGAUGAUGAUGCCGCCAUCUCCGAUGGCUCAGCUCUUUCUGACUCCCCGGCUCGGCACGCCAAAGAAGGCACUGGUGUGCAAGCCGGUGAAGAAUCAGAUGCACCGGAGGCUUGA